CAUUGUUUAGAUAAGUGAUAAGAUAUAUAAUCGCUAGUUGAGCAAUUUUACUCUGUCUUCUGUAUUUUGUGUUGUUCUUCUGCAGUAAAAAAGCUGAAGUGAAGCAAUGGCUGACAAACCAGAUAUCAGCGAGGUCUCUCAGUUUGACAAGACCAAGCUGAAGAAGACCGAGACACAAGAGAAGAACACCCUUCCCACUAAAGAGACUAUCGAACAGGAGAAGCAGUGUGAGGCGUAAACGAUCUUCACCGAGGGCAAGCUGUGGAGAGCUGUGAGAUGUUUAACUUCUGUAGAAGACCUUUCUGAAGGAUGACUGACUUGAUCAGUGUCAGUGACGAGAUGGAUUACUCUGCACUGAGGCGAACUCUUGUCAAUCUAAAUGAAAAUGUGUUAUAUUUGCCCUCAUCUUUAGUGAAAUAAACCUUUCAGAUGA